CCAGGCUUUGGGUGUGAACAGAGCUGUUGUCCUGAACCCUGAUGCUCCUCUUGUCUCCGAGAGUGUGUGUCCAUACACGUGUGUGUGUGUGUGUGUGUGUGUGUGUGUGUGUGCGUGUGUGUGUGUAUAUGAUAGGGAAUUAAUGAAUCAGUCUGAGAUCUAAUCAGCAUGUCAGGCAUAUGAGCAACUCUGUGGGACAGCGCUUCUAACCAGAGUCUGCAGAUAACAUCGCCAUGUCCUCCACCCCACUGGCCGAGACGGAAGAAGAUGUGUUUGAUUUGACAGACGCAGUGCCUGAGACUGAGCGACUGGACAGCAGCCUACAGAAAGCUAAAGCUCAGCUGUCUAUCAAAACCAGGAGGCACCGCCCCUCCAGGUCCCGUCUCCGAGACAGUCUGAGCUCCACAGAGGGAGAAGACAGCCUUGAUGGAAAGAGCUACAGUGGCCUGUUGUCUGGCUCCUGCUCUCCUCUCCAUGUGUCUCUACUCUGCCCCUCCCCCUUCUCUGACCUCCAUCCUUCCUCCUCUCCUGCAAGGAAGGACCGAGCCUUCACCUUUGAGACAGCUGAGAGCGAAAAGAAAGAACAAAGACGAAGGAGUGCAUGCUUGCUGAAUCCCUCCUCUCCAACCCACCUGCUCAAGGGGAACCAUCUCCAGCAGCGCCAGGAGGACCACGCCCAUAUUGGCCACAGGGACCAUCUCCAGCAGCACCUGGAGGACAGUUCGCAACUGGGGGAUCAUCUGAAUCUGCACCACAAAGAGAAAUCCCACCUACAGCACAGGGACCAUCCCCAACUGUGCCAGCAGGACCACACUGACCUGCACCAGGGUGACCAUCUCCCACUGCACCAGGAGGACCGCACCCACCUGCGCCAGAGGGACCACACCCACCUGCGACAGGGUGACCUCAUCCACCUGCACCAGAGGGACUACACUGACCAUCACCAGAAGGACCAAACCCACCUACACCAGAGGGACCAUCAAAAGAAGGACAAAACCCAUGUGCGUGAGAAAGACCAUCACCAGAAGGACCAAACCUACCUACACAAGAGGGACCACCUCCAGAAGGACGAAACCCAUGUGCGUGAGAAAGACCAUCACCAGAAGGACCAAACCUACCUACACAAGAGGGACCACCUCCAGAAGGACCAAACCCAUGUGCGUGAGAAAGACCAUCUCCAGAAGGACCAAACCCACCUGCACCAGAGGGACCAUCAAAAGAAGGACAAAACCCAUGUGCGUGAGAAAGACCAUCACCAGAAGGACCAAACCUACCUGCACCAGAGGGACCAUCACCAGAAGGACAAAACCCAUGUGCGUGAGAAAGACCAUCACCAGAAGGACCAAACCUACCUGCACCAGAGGGACCACCUCCAGAAGGACCAGACCCAUGUGCGUGAGAAGGACCAAGUCCAGCUACUUGAGGAGAAUCAUUCUCCCCUGCGCCAGCGGGAAUACUCUCAGAGUGAAGAUGACAGUCGUGAUAUUGGUUCAGAUGAGCCGAGCAGCCCGACAGUCCUGCUGGACAAGAAGACCAGGAGGCGUUUCCUCGAUCUCGGGGUCACUUUGCGUCGCACAUACGGGAAGGUCAGGAGGGAGCGAGCCAACAGACACGCCGCAGAAACCCGGGAGCCCGACGGAGCAGGAAGCCGUUCCUCGCGUUCCUCUGGUCCCCCGUUUGUAGCCUUCUCCUGGUUGAGCGAGAGAAUAAGAGGCUCCAUUUCUCCGAAGAACUCCAGCCAAUCCCCAUCCAAGUCUUUAUCUGAGGACGAGGAGUUGAAAAACGACAGCAGGUCCAGCAGGAAUGAAUCGUCGCAGCCGUAUCAGAGCCUUUCCGAUCACUCCGAUGAGGGACGUGAUGAGCUCCGCGUUGUGAAAAAGAAGACCAUCCUGCCGUUCUCGUCGGGCGGAAGAGACAGGACGGAGAAGCAGAACGGCGUCCAGAGGGACAAGAAGGACAACGGACAGGAUGGAGACGGCCAAAAACUACUGACCUCUCAAUCACAGUGCAAGAGUUUUGAUUGAUGAAUAAAUUCUUCCUAUAUAUAUACAUAUUUUUUUUCUUUUUCAGCUGUAAAUACUGUAGGCCCUGAUAUUACUGUAACUUAUUCAGACAGCUUAAUAAAAAUUUUGAAA